GACAUUUUAUCUGAUCGUUUAUAAUUAGGAAAAUAUUAAAUAAUCAUGUUUUUCCUUUUAUCUUUUAUAUAAUUUGUUGAUGGUUCUGAAAAUUUCUUUAUGACAAUUCUUGUCCAAAUAUUAAAAAAAGAAUGGAAUUUAAAUUCAAUAUAAAUCGAAUUAUUAGGUUCAUUAUACUAUAUAGGUCUUUUUUGUGGUGCAAUAGUAGCCGGUUUCGCCUGCGACUACUACGGUCGUCGCAAAACGACUCAAUUCGGUAAUUUUGUAACCUUAAUAACUGUUAUAUGGACUGCUUUUGCCUAAAACUUUAUUCAAAUGUGCAUUAUAAGGGCCUUAUAUGGUUUUGUAGUAGGCUUUACUAUUCCCAUAGGUUUAAUAAUAUCAACAGAAAUUUGCCCUAAAGAAAUACGUGGACGAACACUGAUUAUAAUCGAAAGCGCGCACCUAUUAGGGAAGUUUUAUUUAAUAUUUUUGUGUUUUAUUUUCCUAAAAAGCCUCGAAGAAGGUAAUUGGAGAGGAAUCGCAGUUUGUUAAUUAAUCCCGAUAUUUAUAAUGACAUUAGGCUGUUUAAUUUAUAUGGAAGAAAGUCCUCGAUAUUUAUUAGCCCAAAACAGACUCGAGGAAAGCAUAAAAGUGAUAAAUAAAAUCGGAAAAAUGAACCACAACUAAAACUGGGUAAAUAUAACAGAAAACGAAAUCGAAAAAUUAUAAAAUUGGUAAAUUUAAGCCUUCCAAAAUAUCAAAAAAGCCUCAUUUUUCGACCUUUUUAAAGGCUAUAAUUUAUCUAUUACAUGGAGAUUAUCAGUUGCUAACUCAAACACUUAGUUUCUAGUAGCAGGCUGUUCUUUUAUUAUUCCUUUUAUUUUCCAUAGCGAAGGAUUUGGCCUUAUAGACUUCUUUUAUGCUACUUUAGGUGAAAUCCCGGCUUCUUUUGUAGUUUAUGCUCUAAUAGAUACUUAAAAAGUCGGAAGACUAAAAAUUAUUUAAUUAUCUUUAUUUUUAUGUUGUUUGUCAACAUUAUUUAUUUACUUUUUUUAAGAAAAAAUAUUAGUUUUUGGCCUUGCGGGUCUACUUUUUUUCUCCAGAUUUACCACUUUGGCUUCCGCACCAUUAAUUGGUGAGUCAUAUGAUACUUUAUAUAGGUCAAUGGGAUUAGGAUUUUGUGCCGCAAUGGGUAGAUCAAUUGGAAGUCUUGCUCCUUUUGUAGUUUAUGAAGUUUUCUUGUGGAAUAAAUGGAGCGUAUUUUUGAUUUUCACUGGGUGUAUUUUUGCAACUUUAAUAAUGUUUGUUAUGUACCCGGGAGAAAAAACUAAUUCUAAUUUAGAUGCAGGAUAAAUUGAUGAAAACUAAAAUAAUAUUAAAAAUAAAUGA